AUGGAGCUUUGGUGUAAAAUUACGGAGGCUUCCUUCUGUGAUUUGGUCUGUUCUGAUCCUGGGAAAGAUGUUAAAGGAUGGGGAAUGAAUGAUAGAGGCACAGCUCGUGACAGUGUUUCAGCUCCUAACUACUACUGUUGUGAGUUUGAUAAUGCUGGUGCGGUGAUUAGCGUGGAUGAGAGCAUUAUGUGCUCGUUUCAGAUUUUGAAGCCCGCAGAGACCAAAUGGAAUUGGUCUUUUGCUCAGAUAAGCUAA